AUGAAACUCGCCGUCUUCAGCGCCAAAUCAUACGAUCGGACCUACCUCGAGGCAACCCGCCCGAAAUAUCCCCACCUCCACAUCGACUACCACUCCUUUGCCCUCACCCAGGAAACUGUCGCACUCGCCUCAGGCUGUACGGCGGUUUGCGUCUUCGUAAACGACACUCUCGACGCCCCCGUCCUGCACGCCCUCCACGCCCAAGGCGUCCAAGCACUGCUCCUUCGUUGUGCAGGCUAUAACCACGUCGACCUCCCAACCGCCGAAUCCCUCAACCUCUUCGUCGCCAACGUCCCAGCCUACUCCCCCGAAGCCGUUGCCGAAUUCGCCGUCACCCUCGUCCAAACCCUCAACCGCGCCACCCACCGCGCCUACAAUCGCGUCCGCGAAGGCAACUUCAACAUCGAGGGCCUCCUCGGCUCCACUCUGCACGGCAAGACCGUCGGAUUGAUCGGCAUCGGCCGCAUCGGGCUGGCCACCGCGCGGAUCUUCCAGGGCUUCGGCUGCCGCAUUCUCGCGCACGACCCUUUUGCUUCCGCGGCGGAAUUCCGUCCGUAUGGCACACUCGUUGAUCUAGAUACCUUGCUCGGCGAGAGCGAGGUCAUCAGUCUUCACUGCCCCUUGAAUGACGGGACGCGCCAUUUGAUUAAUGCCGAUACCCUAGCGAAGAUUCGACCCGGGGCCACCCUGGUGAAUACAUCCCGUGGCGGAUUAAUCGACAGUAGUGCCGUGAUUGAUGCGUUGAAGACGAAGAGGCUCGGCGGGCUGGCGUUGGAUGUGUAUGAGGCCGAGAGUGAGUUGUUUUAUAAUGAUCACUCGGGUGAGAUUAUUCAUGAUGAUGUUUUGAUGAGAUUGAUGACAUUCCAUAAUGUUUUGGUCUGUGGGCAUCAGGGGUUCUUUACCAAAGAGGCCUUGACGGAGAUUGCGGGCGUGACCCUAUCGAAUCUCGAUGAUUUUGUGAAUGUGCGGGAAUGUGCCAAUUCGCUCGUUGUGCAUGGUCAUGUUUUGGUGAAGGAGGAUACGGCUCCCGUGCGCUUGUAG